AUGGCUGAAUUCAAGCGUUCGGUGCAGCCGGACCAUUCUAGUCAGAAACUCAGCGCUGUCGCCGACCUCCCGUAUCGUCCAUAUUGGGAACGAAGUCCCGUCCAAUACGCCCAAGAUCUCCUCGGCUACUCGGAGGACCCGAUCGAAUACGACCACGACGAUCGCGACUAUUGGGAUAACUGCUUUUUCUUCCCCGAGGACUGUUCUUGGUCCCCACCGAAAGACUGGACCAUCGAAGAGCAUAGCAUCAGCAGCAUCAACACCACCCCGCAAGCCUGCCACGAGCCGCCCGUGGACGUCCAGAACACCAUGAUUCCCGGUCUCCCAGACAUAAAAAUGCUAGAUGCGGAGGCUCUGAGUGACCUCCUAGAGGACAACCUCGCACCUCCAGAAAUCACAUCCAUAAUAGUCUUUUCUACCAACGGUGCCAUCUUCGCCUACGCCUCAACUCUCUCAAACCGCCAACUCCGCAACCUAAGCGCUACCUACGGCGCAGCCUACACCUGCUACGCAAAGAACGCCUCAACAGGCAAUCUCACCGGGGUAAACCCUGCCAGCCAUCCGUCGUCAUACGUGACCACCCCCUCCGUAUCCCUCGGCGACGUGGGAUCGAUUGUCUUCGAGCUUGACGACUCCGUCGCCGUCGUCACCCCAAUAGCCGACAAAGUGCUCCUGGCCGCCAUCGGGCCCUCCAAAUUGGGCAGCAACCACGCCCAGGAUGCGUCUCCCGCCGCCUCAAACGGUCACCCACACGCGACGCCGAACGGCUCCACGCAUCACAACCACCAACAUCAUCACACAUCAGGUGCAAACACCCCCGACUCCACCUCCAACAACACCCAAAACGUCCGCACCUACGCGAGCGUCGUAUCCUCCAACGCAGGCGGCAGCCGAACUAACGGCGCCGCUGGGGGUGACACUGGCGAGUCGCAGACCGACUCGCAGCUGGAGACGCAAUACGAGAUCGACCGCAGCAGCGACCUCGCCCGCCUCGCCACGCUGAACCUCUCCGCGUCACCCGCGAUUCUCUUGGCCUUGGAGUCCAAAUCCGCCGCUCUGGGCCGGUUCCUCAGCCAGAAGUUGGCGGACCUCGAAAGCCCGGAGGACUUCUAA